AAUAUCGGACGACGUCGUUGUGCCAGUAGCAGAAAUUGAAAUCACCAGAAGAUAACGAAGGCAAUCCACUUCAAAGGUUCCAUAAAAACACAGCCAGAAGAAGGAAAAAGCUUUGCAGAGAACAAAAAAAAAAUGUCAGCCUCCGCCAUAUUCGGGUUGAAGAUGGCGGUGUUGCCGCGUUCCUCGACUGUUUCAACCACCAGAUUCUCCGGCGGAUCAACUAGGUUGGCGGCCGCACCGACUAGUGUUGGGGGAUUGGUAAUUGAGUGCUCAUCUAGGCCACAGAAGAAGGCUACAGCUCACCAUAAGAAGACACGGCCACGGAAGACUCAAGCUUGGGAUAUUCGACGUGGACCAACUGUUUAUGCUCCGUUACCUCCCUUACCUUCGGAGUGGUCAUUUGCCAGUGAUGAAUCGGGUCAACCCGCUGCCGUCGGAGCUUCGGAAUCCGACGCCAAAUCUGAGUAAUUUUUCUGUAAUUUUAUAAUUUGUCAUUUCAGCUCUGUAUAAUGGUUUGAUACUUUGGGGAAUUUUCUCCCGUUCAAAUUUGCAACUUGUUCAACUAUAA